GUUCUAUAUAGUGUAUUAAAUAAGAUUCAUGAAGUAUUAUUAAAAGUUAAGUGUAUCUACGUAUGCAGUAUAAAAAGAAAUUACAGUUGACCACUACUAAUAAAUAUUUUGACCUUAGAGAAUACAGCUACUUAAAGCUACGGAUUUAACAAUGAUUCGAAUAAUGUUAUCAUUUUAUGUUGCAUUGUUAACGAGUUGCAUCGUGUCAUCAUCAGUAAUUCAUGAAACAAAUUAUGAUUCGGAACUAAAUGAAAAAGUAAGGACUAUUGUUGAAAAUUUUCUUCAGGAAAAAUUAAAUGUUAAGGGAGAAAUAAGUAACGGACACGUAGAAAAGAAAAUUGAACACCUUGAAAAUAAACUUAAGCAAAUGGAAAUAAAGAUAGCAGAACAAGACAAAACUAUAGCCGAUCUGAAAAGUGUUAUAACCAAUAUGGAACCAGCAAACGAUAAAAUAAUUGAAACGUUUUUAAACAGCUCAAAUGAAAACAAACAUAAUAGUAGUAAAAUUGAUGAAGCCGAAGAUAUGGACGUUGGUAAAUUGAUUGCCCCUGGACGAAGAGUAAAACGGGCAGUUGGAAAUAUUGCUUUUUCAGCUUACCUGACCCAAACGAAUUCUCAUACAAUUGUUGGACAACCAAUUAAAUUUGAUCAAGUGCUGCUAAAUGAUGGACAAGGGUAUAAUAAAUAUACGGGGGCCUUCACUGCACCUUUGUCCGGUGUUUACUUAUUCACAUAUGCGAUUGACACUAGAAAAUUGACAUUUGUUCGACUGGUUAUAAAUGGUGUAAAUCAAGUCGAUGCCGUCGCAAAUGUUCACACGAAUGCUGAGAGUCGUCAUUCACAAUCAAUGGGUGGCAAUACCGCCAUUGUGCAUGUUGGACACGGUCAAUCGGUGCUAGUGGAAACAUACGAAAUACCAGACGCCGAGACUGCAUCGAGUAAUACUUUUAGACUUUGCACGUUUUCUGGUGUACUAUUGUACUGAAUG